UCGUUCCUUCCUUCCUGCUCCGCCCGCGUGCCUCGCGCUAUGGCUUAGCGCCUCCGCUCUGCCCGCACCACCUGAGGAUCCCGGAAGCCGUCCCCGCGAUGGAAGAGGACCAGGAGCUGGAGAGCAUCUCCUCCUCCAGCUACAGAUACAGCAGUUUUACUUGUAAAUCUGUGCAUCGUUGUCCUGUCCUACUCACACCCAGAAUCCAUUCAUUGACCAGAUCUCAACUGAGGACCUACCAUGUGCCAGACGUAGGGAAAACUAGGGUGAAGAGGACCAGUCUACUGAGCUCUAGGAAGGCAAUUGAAGAACUGCUUAAGGAGGCAAAACGUGGGAAAACAAGAGCAGAAACAAUGGGACCGAUGGGUUGGAUGAAGUGUCCUCUCGCUGGCACAAAUAAAAGAUUCCUAAUUAACACAAUUAAGAACACGCUGCCCUCCCAUAAAGAGCAAGACCCUGAGCAAAAGGAGGGCAGCAAGGAAGCCACGAAAAGCCAGGGCCAGAAAGAAGAAAAGCGGAAGAAGCACAGAGGUCACCCCUACAAGCACAGCUUCCAGGCCCGGGCCCCCGAGGGCCACUCUCCACACCGGAAGCCCAGCAGCCGGGACAAGUCGGGGAAGCGCUCCAACAGGCGAUGAGGAGGACGGGCAGGAGCCACCUGCACUGAUCCGUCUGGGACAGGGGGUGUGCCCACGAGGAUUUGAGGACAGGCCUGCAGCCAGAGAGCAGACACCUAGGAGUGACUUUUACAGUCGGUCCUUAGUUGCUAUGACAAGGAAAUGAGUGCAAAGGGACUUGCUCUGCAGGUGUCCAGGCAAGUUCCAGCUUUUCUGGCAGUGGCCUCCCAUAGCGUGUCAUGUUUUCAUUCUCUGUUGUUUGGAAGUUGGUUUCAAAAUAAAUCUAAAACUUAAGUUUUCAGAGGUUGUAACGACUAAUUCCAGUUUUUUCGACGUGUUAACGACUGUGGUCCUCAGAUUUUCUCAGAAAAUGAAACACUUGUAAAUCCUCUAUGUUAUCUUUUUGGAAGAUGAAUUUAAAAUUCAGAAGUCAUCUGGCCAGUAACCACAGUCAGGAAAAGAUGUAGCCCUUCAAGGGCUAGAAAUUUACCAUGAAACUCUUUGAUAGGUUUGUUUUCCUCUAAGGGAGCCAUGUAGAAAAUUCUCAAGAUGGCUUUGAAUUCAGUGUUCCAUAUCAAUAACCAGAGGCUAAAUAAUUGGCUCUGUUGUUUCCUUGUGCAUUCUCAAACUCAUUCCUGACAUAGAACAACUUUCUAUAUUUAAUUUUUUGGGAAUAUAUAAGUUUUAAGUGGUGCUUUUAAAAGAACCCUCAAAAGUUAAAACUAACAUAAUUACUUUAGUGCUAUGUCUUAUUUAGCUGCAGACCUAUAAUACCACUCUUAGUAUAGUUGUUUCAGAAAUCUUAAUUUUAAAUUAAAGUGUGUUUACAAGACCGUUUUCUGGUUUUUUUUUUUUCAAUAUCGAUGUAUCUCCAUUUUAAUGUAUAAUUACAAACCUUUCAAACCAGUAUUCUUCCUUUCAUACUCAGGAAAAUGUCACCAAGUACCCUCUUCCCUGGUCCACAAAAGGAAGAAGAAUCUCUCUCUGUCCCCCCCCACCACCACCCCCAGUUUUCCAAAGCAUCUAAGCUUAUGCCUGGCUGCUCCCAAAUAAUCACUCGCCACAGCCUGCUCCCUGCUUCCUGGCAGCCAAGAAAAGCCCUUUCUUAAUGUUUAGAAAGGAGCACAUCCGAAAAGUUAGCUUCGGGGUGUUUAUAGAGAAACCGUAAUAGACCAAGCACUGGCUUUGACCAUCAGGCCGCUGGCCACACCCUUGGUCUGCUCUGAGCUAAAAGCUCAGGAGUGAAGACCAGGCAUUCUCACUAGACCCACCUGUCUCCCGAAGACCCCAGGGCCCCUGUGACUUCAUAACGACAUAGCAAGACACUUCGCUUUCAGACGUACAAAAGGAAUAGUUUGGCUCAUAUGACUUUAUCCAAAUCCAUUUAUGCAUUAGCUUACACUGUUUGUGCUAAAUUGGGAACAUUUUGUAUUUAAAUACUAGAAAUAGAGUCCUGAGUUUUUGAAAAUUCUUGUUAUAAUUAAGUAAAAUAAAGUUGGAUUGUAUCAA